AUGGAGAAGGACCACCAGAUUCAAUCUUUGACCAGAAAGAACCAGGUUUUGGAAGAAGAGGUGGAGAAGUUGGAGACAGACAUGACUGAAAUCAAAGAAACUGCCGAGCAAUCGCAUUCCUUGAAGACAUCCAAUGAGAACUACACCAAGAAGAACCAGGUCUUGGAAGAAGAGUUGGAAGAGGCCGACAAGAACUUGAAGGAAACCACAGCUAAGUUGAGAGAAACAGACAUCAAGGCGGAGCAGUUGGAAAGAAAGGUUGCCUCUUUGGAAUCUGAGAAGGACGACUGGGAGAAGAAGUACGAGGAGUUGUCCGAGAAGUACAGUGCUGCUAAGGCCGAGUUGGACGAGAUCAGCCAACAGUUAGAGGCUAUUUAA